CCCCAGGCUGGACCGGCCGCCCCGCGGAGCCUCCUCAGCACCUGCCUGCCGCGGCGCAGCCCGCGCGCUCCCCCGCCGCCCGUCUCUCCCGCCGCCGGCCCCAUGGCGCCGCGCGGCCCCGCGGCCCUCCUGCUCCUCGGCUGCUGCGUCCUCGGCUGGGCCCGCGGCCAGUGCCCGGAGACGUGCACCUGCUCCCGGUCCGCCCAGGUGGAGUGCGUGGGCCCCCAGAUCACGGAGGUGCCAGCCCCGCUGCUCGGCCACGCCAUGAUGAGCCUGCAGAUCCUCGGCACGGGCAUCGUGUCGCUGGGCGAGGCUGCCUUCGGGAACGCCUCCAUGCUCAUCGCCCUGCGCGUGGAGAAGAACAGCCUGAGCCGCAUCAGCCCCGGCGCCUUCCACCACUUGGCCUCGCUGCGCUACCUCAGCCUGUCCAGCAACCAGAUCCGGGAGCUGCCGCUGGAGGUCUUCCAGAGCCUGGGCAGGCUGGAGUCGCUGCUGCUCUCGGGCAACCAGCUCGCCCGCAUCCACCCGGCCCACUUCACCCAGCUGAGCAGCCUCCGGGAGCUGCAGCUGCAGGGCAACAGCCUGCAGGCGGUCCAGCCGGGGGCCUUCGACCAGCUGGGCGCCCUCACCAAGCUCAACCUGGCCAGGAACCGCCUCUCCCGCCUGCCCCCGGGGCUCUUCGCGCAGCUGCGGCACCUCCAGACGCUGCGCCUGUAUGAGAACCGGCUCGCCGAGGUGCCUCCGGGGGCCUUCGACGCCCUCGCCGAGCUGCAGGAACUGGGGCUGCACCAGAACCGGAUCCGGCACCUCCCCGCCGGGCUCUUCGCGGCCAACCGCAAACUGCAGAAGCUGUACCUCUCCAACAACGGCCUCGAGGCCCUUCCGGAAGGCCUCCUGCUGGACCUGCCAGAGCUCUCCCGGGUGUCCCUCUUCGGCAACGCCCUUCAGGAGCUGCGCCCCGGCACCUUCGGGCCCGUGCCCCUGCUGCGGGAGCUGUGGCUCUACGACAACCGGCUGGCCGCCUUGCCGCCCCACGUCUUCGCCAACCUGACGGAGCUGCGGCUGCUGGUCCUGAGCCGGAACCGGCUCCGCUCCAUCUCCCCGUCCGCCUUCGCCGGGCUGGCGGAGCUGCGGGAGGUCUCCCUGCACACCAACGAGCUCGCCGGCCUCCACGCCGAGACCUUCCGCGGCCUCACGGAGCUGCAGAACGUUUCCCUGCAGCACAACCAGCUCAGUGCCCUGCCGGGCAGCCUCUUCCAGGAGACGCCGCACCUGGUGAACAUCCACCUGCACAACAACUCCCUGGAGCGCCUCCCCGCGGGCCUCUUCGCCCGCCUGCCCCAGCUGCGGGAGGUCCGGCUGCACGACAACCCCUGGCGCUGCGACGCCGGGCUCCUGGCGCUCCAGCGCUGGCUGCGGGAGAACAGGGCGCGCCUGGCGGGCGGGCAGCCCGUGUGCAGCCGGCCGCCUGCGCUGCAGGGGCGGCCCGUCGUGGAGCUGGAGGACGAGCAGCUGGGCUCGGGGGCCCCCGCGGCCACCGCCGGGCUGAGGCCCCCCUCCGGCCGCACGGAGGCCCCCGCCCACGGCCCGCCCGCGGAGACCCCGCUGCCCACCCUCAGCCAACCCCCGCCCCUGGAGGGCGAAGCCGGCAGCGCCGAAGCCGAGCCGCAGCUCCCGACAGCGGCCGCGGAGCUGCCCAGCCCCGGCCGCGCCGAGGGGGGCAUCUGGGGCCUGACGCGCACCCAGACGGGGGUGGUGGUCACCUGCAUCGUGGUGGGCUGCGCCUUGCUGCUCAUGACGCUGGCCGCGCUGGCCGUCCUCGGCUACCGCAGGAGAAGCCUGGCGCAGGGCAGGGCGAAGCCAGCCGGCCAGCCACGCCAGCUGCUGGAGCGGCCCCAGGCCCUCUGGGAGGGCGGCCCGGCUUGGCGUCGCUCGCUGAGCUGGCAGCAGGCCCACGAAGCAGCGCCCACGCCAGGGCUGGAGAGCCAAGACUCCGACGUGCCCGAAGCAGCGCCGGCCUCCCUCCCUCGCCCUGCACGGACCCCGGCCUGCGCCGGCGCGAUCCUCUUGCACCUGCGCAGGGCCCGCAGGGCGCCGGCCCUGCCCUGCCCACAGGUUCUGCCUGGAACGGGCCCGCAGGAGCGUGGGCACUGCAAGAAGGCCAUGGGGGCACGAUCCUGGAGGCCGGUCAAGCUCGGCCGGUCGCUGACACCGGCUGUGUCGCCUGACUGGCAGAGAGGGCCCGACGCCAUGGCUCCUGCUGGGCGCACGGCUGCAUGGCGAGGCCGAUGGGAGGCCAGGGGUCUCCCGCUCCUGCUGCUGAGCCUGCUCCUCGGGGCCCGGCCCGGCCCAGCAUGGCCCUGCCCCACUCCGUGCCAGUGCUUCGGGGGUACGACCGUCUUCUGUGCCGAGGGGUCUCUCCGGGACAUUCCCAAGGGGAUUCCGCCCAACACCACCCAGCUGCUGUUCCUGCAGACCGCCCUGGACGCCCUUCCCAGCCAGGCCUUUGCCGGGAGCAGCACCCUCCGUAAACUGCUUUUCCUCGAUAGCCCCAUCCUCUUUCUGGGAGAGGCCGUCUUCGAGGGAUUUCCCAACCUCCAGGAGCUGGAAAUCUCCAGCAGCAAGCUGAGUGAGCUGACGAGCGAGGCCUUCCUGGGCCUGGACAAGCUCAGCAAGCUCUCCAUCAAGUUCAGCCCCAUUGAGGCCCUGCCGGAAGGCCUCUUCAAGAACACGCCAGGGCUGGAGACGCUUCACCUGCAGGGGAACCGGGUCAGGUCGCUGCCCCCCGGCCUGUUCUGCCCUUUGACUCGCCUGCAGACCCUCUCUUUGUCCCAGAACUGCCUGGCUGAGCUGCCCGCGGGGGUCUUUGAGCCUCUGCGGCUCCUGAGGGUGCUGAAGCUGAGCAACAACCGCCUGCCAGGCCUCCCGGACGGCCUCUUCCCGCCUCUGGCCAUGCUGGAGGAGCUCUUCCUGGACGGCAACGCGCUGGCGGAGCUGCCCGCAGGCCUCCUCUCCCCGCUCUCCCACCUGAAAAGCCUCCAGCUCCAGCACAACGCGGUGGCGCGCCUGGCCCCCCCCACCUUCGCCUCCCUCCACAGCCUGGCCUUCCUGAACCUGGACGACAACCGGCUGGCGGAGCUGCCCGCCGGGCUCUUCCAGGGGACCCCCCGCCUGCUGGAGCUCUCCGUGGCCCAGAACCGGCUGCAGGCAGUCCCGGAGGGCCUCUUUGGCCAGCUGCCCGACUUGCUGGUCCUCCGCCUGUCACACAACCACCUCCGCCGCUUGCCUGCCGGGCUCUUCCAGGGCUUACCGGCCCUCGGCAGGCUCUACCUGGACCACAACAACCUCAGCAGCCUCCCUGGGGAGGUGUUCGCCAGCCUCGCCAGCCUGGAGUUCCUGGACCUCGCGCACAACCGGCUGCUGAGCCUGCCGGAGGGGAUCUUCGACUCCAACGAGGUCCUCUUCAACGUGGCGCUGAACGGCAACCCGUGGUCCUGCGACUGCCACCUGGCGCCCCUGGCCGCAUGGCUCCAAUACAGCGACCUGCCCCUCAACGCCCAGGCCGUCUGCAGCAGCCCGGCUCACCUGAGGGGGCGGAGCCUCCCCGGGCUGCAGGCGCAGCAGCUGGUCUGCAGAGGCGAGCCGGGAUCCGGCCGGUGCCGAGCGGAGGCCCACGAUCUCCCGGGAGCGGCCCAGUGCACCUACGAGGACCCGUCGGGGGCCGUCCACCUCGAGUGCGACCAGGGCGAGUGCCGCCAGCUCAGCCUGUGUCUCCCUCGCGCCGGGGACUUGCCUGCCCCGGGGCAGCAUUUCAGCCGGAACUGGACCCUGGACUCGGCCUGUGGGAAGAGGAGAGUCCGGGUGACCGUAAGCAUUGAGGAGGAGGAGCGCCCGCAAGACGCCGAGGCCGGGCCCACGGGGUCCGCGGCGCCAGCCAUCGAGGACGCCGCCUAAGCCGAAAUUCCCGCCGCAGCCGCACGGGGGCAGCACUUGCAAUGGCUCCAGGCAAGCUGCGUUCUCGGCAAUCCAGAGGGUGCCCGGCGGUGCCAUCGAGCGCCGUGGUUCGCGACUAUCUUGUGCCCGCGGAAAUGGCGCCCCCGCCCCCCCCCCGCGCUUCUCGGUCCAGCCUUUCAGGGAACGGGCCCUUGACGGACAUGAGCCGCCUGCCCCGGGCCGUGCGGGGGCUCCGCGUGGGCCCCUCU